AUGUCCGAUUCUAACCUCGUUUUUCAUUCGGGUUCUUGUCAUUGUGGAGCCGUGAAAUGGCAAUGUGAGGGACCAAAAAUCCUCAAAGCCAUCACUUGCAAUUGUUCGAUUUGCAAGAAAAAGCAAAAUCAUCAUUUCAUCGUCUCUAAAGAAUGCUUUCGGUUACUUGAGGGAAAACAAUUCCUCACCACUUAUCAAUUCAAUCAAAAACUCGCGCAGCACAGCUUUUGUCAGAUUUGUGGAGUUCAAAGCUUUUACGUGCCGAGAAGCAAUCCAAAUGAUGUGGCCAUAAUGCCUCACUGCAUCGAUUCGGACACCGUCGAGAAAAUCGAAUGGACAACAUUUGAUGGGGAAAAUUGGGAGGAAACAAUGAAACAUCAAGCACCAAAAGCAUUCUCUCUUAAACAAACGAAA